GGUUCUACAGGAUCAUGCUGUGGAGCUCCUUCAAGGUAAGGUACUGAGAUCCGUCUUCCUCGAUCCCAUUCUUUCACGUUGGGUUGCAUUGUCUGCCCUAUCUCAGCACUUGCUUGUCUGAGACCACUUCAUUCCAAGCACAUGAUGUUACCUUUCCCUCACUGCUCAAACUCCUUAGAGAAGCCUUUCGGUAAGCAACUUGAGCUCAACCCUAUUCCUCCUCCAAGCAACCCCUACUUCCCGAUCUUUGCUUCCGACGGCCUUCCCCUUCCUCUCGGUGCUGUGACUGGCGCAGUUCCUUUACCCUCUCCCCCAUCUCUUCCUCCUGUCGAUAAUUCUUUGGCUACUGCUUCACCAUUGAUGAGGAAGAAACGCAGUGGAAGCUUUACCCGUAAAAGAUCGUGGAGAAAUGAUAGGAACAGCAAGAUACUCACCGCAAAGGGACCAAGAGAUCGUCGAAUACGGCUCUCCAAUGAGGUGGCCCGCAAGUUCUUUGAUCUCCAGGACAUGCUCGGCUUCGACCAGGGCAGCAAGACAGUGCAAUGGCUCUUCAACAUGUCCAAACACGCCAUCCAAGAACUCACCGCCAUCUCCGAUCCCCAACUUGGUGGCCUUGGCAUCCAAAGCCCAGCGUCCUUCACUCUAGGGUUGGAGAAAUCGACCAUGGAAUCCGACUCCCAAGGCAAGUCGACGACCAAAUUGGUCACUGCCACGUCAGUCAAGAAUUCCAAGAACGAGAAGCAAUUGAUCAAGCCCUCAGGGAAUGCCGGGUCUAAUCUGAUGCGCGCCCGGGAGUCGAGGGCCAAAGCAAGGGCAAGAGCAAGGGAGAGGACAACAGAGAAGAGAAGAAUGUGGUUAUUGUCCUCAACAAUUGCAUCUCAUGCCACCAGGAACGAAGGUUCACAUUUGCUCAACUUGAGUUCAUCCUUGUUAGGAUCCAUAGCUGAAAUGGAAGCGAGACAACGUUCUUCCUCUCACACACAGCGCAUUAGGUUAUCCGAUCAAAGAAACUACGAGUUCCCAGCACAAGAUGGACCCUGCCUGAUCCCAAUUUUUGGCUAUUCCGAGAAGAUUGCAGACCGCAACGACAUGGAUAACAUCCUUCAAGAACAAUCAGACAUGGAAAGAAUGCCCUAAGCUGAUCUCUUGUUCCUCGGGAGGCCAUCAUCACCAACAGUAUGUAACCUCACACGCUUUAUGUCAGUCUGAUUUCUUUUCUUCUGGUAUGCCAACUCGAUCUUUGUAUUCGAUUAUCUUUGCUUUGGACACAUAAUUAGUUGUCUGCUUGUUUCAAUUGCAAGUAUAUUUUUCUCUU